GACCUGUGGCAGCCGGGCUCGGCCGUGAGUCACCCUGCGAAGGCGACUCCGACUCCGACUCCGGAGGAGGAAAGGGGAGCAAACCAGCGAGCAGGCGAAGGCUCACCUUACAGCCCCAGCAUGGGCGGCCUCCGAGGGGUCAGCGGGGCCCUCCUGGUGCCUUUCUUGCUCCUGCUCCAGACGUUCCGAAGCUCCCAGACCCAGGAAGUUGUCCUGCUGGAUUUUGCCAAGGCACAGGGGGACCUUGGAUGGCUCAAUCAUCCCUAUGGAAAAGGGUGGGACCUUCUCCAGAACGUCAUGAACGAGUCCCUUAUCUACAUCUAUUCCGUCUGCAACGUGAUGGAGGGCGACCAGGAUAACUGGCUGCGGACCAACUGGAUCUACCGUGGGGAAGCCCAGCGUAUCUUCGUUGAAAUAAAAUUCACCGUCCGGGACUGCAACACCUUCUCCACCGGGACCGGCACUUGCAAGGAAACGUUCAACCUCUUCUACGCGGAGUCGGAUGUGGAUUACGGCAUCAAUUUCCAAAAGCGCCAGUUCCACAAGAUUGACACGAUUGCUCCCGAUGAGAUCACUGUGCUCGAAGACUUCAGCACCCGCAACGUGAAGAUCAACGUUGAGGUGCGCUCAAUAGGGCCCCUUACCCGCAAAGGCUUCUACCUGGCUUUCCAGGACAUUGGGGCGUGCGUGGCGCUCCUCUCGGUCCGAAUCUACUACAAGAAGUGCCCCGGAGUCUUCCGCAAUAUGGCCAGCUUCCCAGAAACCAUCGCUGGUGCCGAUUCGCAGACCCUGGCCAAGGUGCCUGGCAUCUGUGUCUCGGAAGCUGUGGCCCCCGAGGAGCCCUUCAUGCACUGCAAUUCGGACGGAGAGUGGCUGGUGCCCAUUGGCGAGUGCCUCUGCCGAGAAGGAUAUGAAAAAGACGGGAACAGCUGCCGAGCCUGCUCGCCUGGAUUCUUUAAACAAGACAUCUCCAACAGCGCCUGCUCCAAGUGUCCCUCGCACACCCUGCCUUCUUCGGAAGGCUCCCUUUUGUGUCCUUGUGACAAAGGCUAUUUUCGGGCUCCAAGCGAUCCAGUUUCCAUGUCAUGCACCAAGCCCCCCUCUGCGCCUCACGGAGUGAGGGCAAUCGGCCUGGGUGCCAAAGUCCAGUUGCGCUGGUCCCCACCCCAGAACACGGGAGGCCGCCAAGACGUCACCUACAGCGUGUCAUGCGAGCAAUGCUGGCCAGAAUCAGGGGAGUGCCGCCCUUGUGACGCCACUCUCCGGUAUUCAGAUAAUCCACACCGGCUCACCGGCACUUCUUUGACCGUCAGUGACCUGGAGCCGCACGUUAACUACACUUUCACAGUGGAAGCUCAGAAUGGAGUAUCCUCCUUCAGUACACAGCGCAGCUACGGAGUCACUAGCAUCAGUGUCAACCAAACAGAGCCACCAAGAGUAACUUCAGUCACCAUGGAUAGUCGCACCGCUACUAGUUUAACUUUAUCUUGGACCGUCCCUCCUCGGCAACAGAGCCAUGUUUGGAAAUACCAGGUUACUUACAAGAAGAAGAAGGAUGAAAACAGCUACUCGGUCCUACGUUCUGAAGGAAACUCGGUCACUCUCCAUAAGCUCACUCCUAAGACCAAGUACUUGGUGAGCGUCCAGGCACUAACUCAGGAUGGUCACGGGGCCCACAGCGUGGAGCACGAGUUUGAGACCCUUCCUGAACAUUCAGAUGGCGUGAAUACGGCAGCAGUCCUCGGAGGUUCCAUUGCUGGCUUCAUCUUCAUGCUUGUUAUAGUUGCGAUAAUUUUUCUGCUCAUCCGACAGAGGAAAAAGAAUUUGCGGGCCCGGCAGACAUCAGAAGAUGUUUACUUCUCCAAGUCUGAUCAGCUCAAGCCCCUGAAGACUUAUGUGGAUCCGCACACCUACGAAGACCCCAAUCAGGCGCUGUUGAAGUUCACCCCUGAGAUCCAUCCUUCGUGCAUUUCCCGACAGAAAGUUAUUGGAGCAGGAGAAUUUGGGGAAGUUUACAAAGGAGUUCUGAAAAAUGGCAAGAAGGAGAUCCCUGUGGCCAUUAAGACCCUGAAAUCAGGUUACACAGAAAAACAACGUGUUGACUUUUUGAGUGAGGCAAGCAUCAUGGGGCAAUUCUGUCACCACAACAUUAUUCAUUUGGAAGGAGUUGUCUCCAAAUAUAAGCCUUUCAUGAUCAUCACAGAAUACAUGGAGAAUGGCGCCCUGGAUAAAUUCCUACGGGAAAAAGAUGGGGAGUUUUGUGUCAUACAGUUGGUGGGCAUGUUGAGGGGAAUUGCUUCUGGAAUGAAGUACUUGGCCAGCAUGAACUAUGUCCAUCGGGAUUUGGCUGCUCGCAACAUCCUCGUGGACAGCCAGCUGGUCUGCAAAGUCUCUGAUUUUGGUCUAUCCCGUGUCCUGGAGGAUGAUCCUGAUGCUACUUAUACCACCAGCGGUGGAAAAAUCCCCAUCCGAUGGACAGCGCCCGAGGCCAUCUCUCAUCGCAAGUUCACCUCUGCCAGCGACGUCUGGAGCUACGGAAUUGUCACCUGGGAAGUGAUGUCCUACGGUGAGCGGCCGUACUGGGAGCUCUCCAAUCACGAGGUAAUGAAAGCAAUCAAUGAGGGCUUUCGACUUCCUGCACCACUGGAGUGUCCUUCUGCCAUCUACCAGCUAAUGAUGCGGUGCUGGCAACAAGAGAGAAGUCAGCGACCUAAAUUCAACGAUAUUGUGAGCAUCCUGGACAAGCUGAUCCGUGCUCCUGAGUCACUCAAGACCUUGGCAGAGUUUGACCCUCGGAUCUCUAUCCGCUUGCCAAGCACCAGUGGCUCAGAGGGUCUUCCCUUCCGAACUGUGGCGGAGUGGCUGGAGUCCAUCAAAAUGCACCAGUAUACAGAGCACUUCACGGCUGCCGGCUAUAAUGUCAUUGAGAAGGUGGUGCAGAUGACCAACGACGAUAUCAAGAGAAUCGGAGUGCGUCUACCGGGACACCAGAAGCGUAUUGCCUACAGCCUCCUGGGAUUGAAGGAGCAGGUCACCACCGUCGGCAUCCCAAUUUGAGCUGGAGAAAUUCCACCCAACAUCGGUAGCUCUACUGCCCUAUUCUGCUACUUCGCUUGAUGACUCUAGAACCACCAGCAAGCGUCCUUCCUGGUAUAUACUUGAAGUGGAGCAUCAAAGUGACCUCUCUCACCGAGGAUGCUGACAAUUAAGCACCUGCCUUCCCCGCGCUUCAUAGCUCCAUAUUUAUUGCCUGCCUUCUCAUCUAUCUGCUGGAGAUUUCACACCCUACUCCGUGAAGCGUCCAGGAUAAGCCAUCAGACUGUGCCUUAUUUCCCAGUGGUGUAUCACCGAGCAGAGCUCUUCCAGCCUUAAUUCUCGCUUGGAAAGACCCUCAGGCUGCUGAAUGUUUGCACCACCCCUUCUUUCAUCUCCUUUCUCCAUUCUGCCUCAAAAACCCUUGACUAACGCAACGUCGAUCAUUGGUCCACUGCUGGGAUGCAAAACAAAAGCCUGCUCCUUUCCACAUUCAGAAGUGCCCUCCCCCCCAUCUUAAUGUCUUUUUCUUUAACAUAACAUUAAGAGUGGAAAACUCUGUUAAUUAUAGCUUAUGUAUGAAGCUAAGCUUUAGCUUUAAUUUGAUUAGGACUGUGCACAUUUAGAAUAUCAUAGCAGUACAACAGGAACUGCUGGAUAUUCUGUUCUUGAUCUGCGUUUCUAUUCAGGCACAGAAGAGUUUUUCUCUUACAUUACUAUUUAACGAACCUAACCUGGCACUUCCAAGAGGCUUUACAUAGACUCUGCUCAAGUCUCAGCGUAAAAAUGGUUUGCCAAGGAUGGUCCACAGACGACUCUUUGCAAGUCAUCUUCUUGUUUUCUCAUUUGUUAUUUAUUCAUCCUUCCAAACUGCUGCCCACCCCUAAAUGCACUCUUGACUUUUUGACAAUUAUUC